AUGGCUGGGCACGAGGGUGCUAAAGGAGACACAAAGCUUGCAUGUCGCAAAGCGAUGUGCCUAGGUAUGUGGGUGCCGAAGGUGAAGGAAUGCCGAAGGCGACACAGAGCUUGCAUGUUGCAAGGCAAUGUGGUUAGACACGGGGGUACCGAAGGCAAAGGAGAUGCCGAAGGCACGAGGGUGCUGAAGCGAAGAAAUGCAUAUCAAGAUCUUUCUUGGAAGGAGGUUGGGUUCGGGCCUUUGGUAAAAACGAGGCACGGCGCAACUCCUUGGGCCUCCAAGCUUGUGUACGAAGCUUGGCCUUAG